GCGGGGACCGAGGCUCCGCGCCGCCGCCGCCGCCUCCUUCCGCCGGCCGCGCCGCCGGCCAUGCAUUCUUCCGGCUCCCGCGGCGCCCGCAGCCCGCGUGGGGGCUCGGCCGGCCCGAGAAAGACAGGACGGACUCCCAUGUGAGAAUGGCUGUGACUUUGGAACAAGCUCCAUGGCUGGGCUGGAUCCUGGUGAAAGCCCUGAUGAGGUUUGCCUUCAUGGUUGCCAACAACCUGGUUGCAAUUUCAUCCUACGUCUUCUAUGUGAUCGUGCUCCAGCCCCUCCGCGUGCUGGACAGGAAGAGCUUCUGGUACAUCGAAGGGAUCAUGUACAAAUGGCUCCUGGGCAUGGUGGCUUCCUGGGGAUGGUAUGCCGGGUAUACAGUGAUGGAAUGGGGGGACGAUGUUAAAGCGGUUAUGGACGAUGAAGCAGUAAUGCUGGUGAAUCAUCAGGCAACAGGAGACGUGUGCACUCUGAUGAUGUGCCUCCAGGACAAAGGGCUGGUUGUUGCUCAAAUGAUGUGGUUGAUGGAUCAUAUUUUUAAGUACACAAACUUUGGAAUUGUUUCUCUAAUUCAUGGAGACUUCUUUAUAAGACAGGGAAAAUCUCAUCGUGACAAACAGCUGCUGCUUCUCAGGAAGCACCUAGAAAAUAAUUACAGGAACAGAGAUCGAAAAUGGAUUGUUUUAUUUCCAGAAGGGGGCUUCCUCAGGAAGAGGCGGGAAACAAGUCAGGCAUUUGCCAAGAAAAAAAACUUGCCAUUUCUUACACAUGUCACUCUGCCAAGGAUUGGAGCAACACAAAUUAUUUUGAAUGUACUUGUGGCACGACAGCAAAAUGGAAGUCCAGCAGGUGGAGAUGUUAAAGAAUUAGAUAGCAAAUCAAAAGGUCUCCAGUGGAUAAUAGAUACAACUAUAGCUUAUCCCAAAGCUCAACCCAUAGAUAUUCAAACCUGGAUCCUUGGAUACAGGAAACCGACCGUCACACAUGUACAUUACAGGAUCUUUCCAAUUAAGGAUGUACCCCUGGAGACUGAAGAACUUUCUGAUUGGCUCUAUCAGCGAUUUAUUGAAAAAGAGGACCUCUUAACACAUUUUUAUGAAACAGGGGCUUUCCCGCCUUCCCAAGGCCACAGGGAAGCUGUUUCCAGGGAGAUGACCCUCAGCAACAAGUGGAUCUUCCUCAUCCAGUCUUUUGCAUUUUUGUCAGGCUACAUGUGGUACAACAUCUUUCAGUAUUUUUACCAUUGCCUGUUUUAGGAACUGACACAGACUUGUCAAGGUCACCAUAGGAAUUCCAACUUUUCAUGAGUGCAUUAUUUCAUAUGUGCAAAUCAGGAUAUAAAACAAGCAAAGGAAAUUCCAUGGAUGGAUUAAUAUUUAUCCCCUUUGGGAUAUUUUAAAACUCUGCUAAAAUGAGGAUCAGUAAUCUAAUGACCUGCUAAUAUGUUUUAAGGACUUUUCAUGUUUUAAAAAGAUACACUCUGCAACACAUGUAAAAGAACAUCACAUUUGGAGAAGAGGAAAUCAUAAAAUCAUCCUAGAAGACAGAGAAAUUCUGUUGCCAGCAGAUACUUGAUCACCUAGUUCAAGCUCAGAGAGCUGAGCUCGCCCUCCCAGCUAAUAGUCCCCUUAGGGCAGUGCUGUGAGCGCUCUCACUGCCCGCUCCCGCUGUGUCACUAGGAACCUCCAGGGGGGCUGGUUGGCACCUUCUGAAGAACUGGCGCCCUGUCCUUUGCAGUGACGCUCCAGGCCUCACCAGCUUAGUGGGGUCCGGAGUCAGGCGUGCUGUGGCGGGGAGCAGCGUCCACUGGACACGUUCAGUCCUGGAAUGGGCUCUUUCGAAAGGCAGGCUCAGCCCAACACCGUGUUUACAUGCGCUAGUGCUUUCCGUGUGUGUGUGUGUGUGUGUACAUGCGUGUGCGUAUGUGUUGCAGGGGAGGGCACUUGAUUUCUCCUUUUAUAUAGAAGGCAUAUCGUAGAGUGAUCAUUUUCUCUUACAAAAUGCACUUUCAUCAGCUGCAUCUGUAGCAGAGGGUUGGUAGUAUAGCCUGGAAACCAGUCUGCACAGAAUCAGUGAGGGGGACUCGAGCUGUCCUGUCUGCGUGUUUUAACCUGCGCUCCUGCUCCCCAGCGCCCCCCUGAGCUGGGCUCCACACCUGGGGGUGGGAGGCCCUUCAGCUGUUCUCUUGUUUGUUUUCAUUUUGGUAUAUUAGCACCAAUUGCGUUUGGGUAUGGUUUAAACAAAUUAAUGCAAAAACACUUAAAUGAUCAGUAUACGGUGAGAUAGGCUAAUUUAUUAGAAAAAUAAAAGCUAGAGCCAGACACUGGCUUAAAAUGGUGACAGGCCAUCACAUGGCACCCAGCACCUGUCAGGGCGGUGUGACCAGGAGAGACCAGCAUGCGAGGCUUCCCAGGCUCUGCCCGUUGCUUUUGAAGAGGAUACAGUCGUGUCUGUUUCUAGAAGACUUUUUUUUUCUUCUUUUGUCACUGUGUUCAUGCAGUUUACCUCACAGUAAAACCAAACGUCUCACAAAGUGCUGGCCCUGCGCCGGUCACUGCGGUCACCGCCUGCACCCAGCAUCGUGGCGGCAACGCCCUGUGGCCUGGGGUUGUGAGAUAGAUUCUGGUGAGUCAGCGGUGGUUUUCUGUGACAUGACAUCGUAGAUCCCCCUGUUGUCGCUAAUCAUGCAAUCUUGACGGUUCUGAGAAGGAGGCCGGAAGGUAACAGCGAAGGUUGAUGUUUUUUGCUUUUCAAUAAACCAAAA